CUUGCGAAGUGUACGAACGUGUGUGUGUGUGCAGCGGUGGUAGUACUGUACGUCCCCGUCAACAGCAAGACCUGUUGGGUUUCAGAUUUGGAUCUGUUGUCGGAGAAGGCUGCAGACAAGGAGCUGCACUACCGAUGGCAGUGGGAAGAGGUACUGAGGACCGGGUCCAACACAGGUGGUCUGUACUCACUAUACUGGUGAUAUCUGUACUUCAAGUCAUCGCAGAAGAGUCACCACCAAAGUUCAAUGUUGAACCCGAAACGACCACACAAGAACCCGGGAGCAAAAUAAAACUUCGGUGCUCCGGCAGCCCGCACGGGGCGAAACAUUCCUGGUACUACAACGGUCUGCCUCUCAGCUCCAACCCGGUACCCGGCGUCUUCGUACGGAAAACGGGAAAGAAACUUGUUAUCGAGAGAUUCCAGAGGAGCGCGAGCGACCGGCAUGUGGGGAUGUACCAGUGUGCCGUCACGUCACGGGCAGGGUCCAUUAUCAGCCCUCCGGCGUACUUACAUUUGGCAGAAAUUGCCAAGUUCAAGACGGAUGUUCCGCAGAAGGUUAAAGUAUUACAGGGCAACACUGCAAUAAUUCCCUGUGUGCCUCCUGUCAGUAAACCAGCAGCUAGGGUACAGUACAGGCACGAGGGAAAAUGGAUAAAAAACAGUACAGAACGUAUAUUGAUAACACCGUCAGGGAACCUACAGAUAGCAAACGUUACACUGGAGGACUGGGGCCUGUACAAAUGUGCAGCAGUCAACCCUGUAACAUUGCAUCAGAGGGUCACCAAUACAUCCAAGGUUAAAAUUGAUGAGCCGAGAAGAAAACAGGCAGCACAGAUCGUGUACCCUCCCUCGCACCAGACCCUGACUGUGCAGAGAGGGUCUGACGUGCUGCUGGAGUGUGUAGCUUCAGGGUUCCCCACGCCAUCAGUUACAUGGAGAAGGGACCAGGGACAACUCCACAAGGCUAAACGGGUCCUGGAUAACUUACUACUGAAGGACGUACAGCCAGAUGAUGCAGGCAUCUACACUUGUUCAGCAGAAAAUGGCAAAAAUCCCAGAGUCAGAGUAAACUACAUCCUCACAGUCACAGACAUGAGUAGCAUCAGCCAAGGCCCAGAAGACACGGUGACCACCGCUGGUCUGAACGUCACGCUGACAUGCAGAACAACAGGCUCCCCCAGACCUCAGGUCCACUGGCUACACAACAUCCAGCCUGUGGGUCUCGACGAGAGGCACUUCCAACAAGACUCAGACCUGGUCAUCGCUGAGCUCCAGCCGACAGAUGCAGGCAUGUACCAAUGUGUGGCCAGCAACUCUCUCAACACUGUCAUGGCACAGGCAUGGCUCAAGGUGGAAGUGCCGGAGGGUUACCCCACAGUGGAAACCAGCCCGUCCGACGCUGCCGUCGAAACCGGGGAAGUUGCCGUGUUCGCUUGUCGGAUAUCCGGCAGCCCUGCGCCGGAUGUCCGGUGGGAACGCGACGGCAAGCCCGUCACCCCCGACGGAGACCGCGUCGUGAUCGAAGACGGAAGCUUGAGCGUCGUCGGCGUGACCAGGGAGGACGAAGGGCGGUACAAGUGUGUGGGGAGGAACGCGGUGGGGCAGUCCUGGGCCGCUGCCUCUCUCACAGUCUUGGUCCCGACCACUCCGAUGACUGUAGCCGUCGUGAAGACGGGAGACUUUCACCAUCGACGGGGGCAGAACAUCAUGGAGAGGAACAUGUGGCUUCAGAAACAAGUCCAAGGAGAAAGGGAACGAGGUAGCCAGAACAGUGGACGUUCCGCUCCAGUCCCCCCUCUUAGUGGCCCCAGAACCCCCAUAGGCCCUUCUUCACAGUCUGUUCCCGAAGCUCCGAGCAAACCCCGGAUCAGCCGCGCGUCCGACACGUCCGUUUACGUCUCCUGGGUGCCGAGGUCCAACGGAGGCUCCCCCAUCACAGCCUUCAAGGUGCAGUACAAGAAGAUCACAGACGGGAGCAAGGAGCGGUGGAGGACGGCGUCAGACAAGAUCCCCCCCACCACGCUGUCUUACCAGGUCAAGACACUGCAGCCAGGCCAGACGUACAGAUUUCGAGUCAUCGCGAUUAACGGUCUCGGGGAGAGCCGGCAGAGCCAACAGUCCAGCCAGUACUCGGUCGAAGGUCAGGCGGUCAAAGGUCACGUGAGCAGGCCGGUGGUUGGACCGCACAUCACGGAGAUUCUUGCCGUCAGUCCCACCAGCAUCUCUGUCAGAUGGAAGUACAUGGCGAUCGACAAUGUUCCGAUCGACGGGUUCUACAUCUACCACCGCGAGACGGACAGCGACAACGAGAAGGACUUUGUCCAGACGGUGGUGAACGGGGUCGGCGUGCGCAGCUUCCGUCUGGACCGGCUCCAGCCCGAGGUCAUGUACGACAUCAAGAUGCAGUGUUUCAACCGGGCGGGGAGCUCGGACUUCAGCAACGUCAUGAUGAAGGAGACACUGCCCAUAACUGCGCUGGGAACCGUUCCCAUGCCCGUGAACGAUGCCGAAGCUGGGCACGGUAACGGCGGCGGCGGUGGCAGCGGUCCGGUCGACGUGAACAUCUACGGCGGGGCUCCGGAGAAGAACAGCCCGGUCCUGAGCACGCGGGCCAGCAGUGACAUGCUGUACCUCAUACUGGGGGUGGUGCUGGGAGUCAUGGUGCUCGUGCUGAUCAUCUUCAUCGCUAUGUGUAUGUGGAGAGCACACCAUCAUCCUACCAAAAUGGACCUCGAAAUCAGCAAAAGGCAGUGUAUGGAGUCCUACCAGAAGUCAAUGAUGGACGGAGACCUGGGCAUGUACAGCGGCAGCGUGGCGGACAGCCUGGCCCACCCACACCCUCUCAACGGCCUGGAGUACUCACACUCACUGGCCAAGCUGGAGAAGGACGAUACAGAGUCCAACUGCCCCUCACAGUGUGCUUCUUACAAGAAAUGCUGUGUGGAGAGAGACAACGGUUCGAUUUGCAGCGUUCCCCCACCCCGCACGUUUUACCAGAACAACAACCGCAGCCAGUGGUCGCUGCCGUCAGAGAGCCGGUGCGGCCUCAGUGUGGGUGAGGAGGAUGACCAGUGCGACAGCCUGCCCAGAAUGACGUACAAAUAUCCGUAUUAUAAACCAUCCUACAGGCACGCAGGUGUGAGCAGUAGAGGACAUCCGGAGAAAGACUACCGAGUACGGCAGCAUCACAACAACGCGGGUAAACUCCACACCCACUCCUCCGUGGAGUCAGACAUCUAGCAAGCUCAGGAGGACGG